AAUGGCGACGCACCGGACGGCCGCUGGGUUGCGUCACCUGUACCAACACGAGGGUUCCAGGCGACUGUCUCAAUGACAAAGUAGCCAAAGUUGUGCGGUUCCUAAAAAAAAAGACACACAGCGGAAAUACCAAUUACGCUUUAUAUCGGGAAACUUCUCAUUCAAGUCGGUGCAACUUUACCCGCAGAGUCAUUCGGGCAAACAUGACAAAAAUCCUGUCCGCCUACCGCGUUGUCAAGUCUCUGAGACGAGGAUGUGCACACGCGUCCGCGUGGCCGAGGCUUCAAGGGUCUAAACAUUUUAGUGUAAAGGCCCACACGGCCCAACUGGUCCUGGAGGAUGGCACCAGGAUGAAAGGGUUUUCCUUUGGGCAUGAAGCCUCUGUAGCUGGGGAACUCGUCUUCAAUACUGGCCUGGUGGGGUAUCCCGAGGCGCUGACUGACCCCAGCUACAGAGGUCAGAUCCUCACCCUCACCUGCCCUAUUGUGGGAAAUUAUGGGGUACCGAACACCGAGGAACUGGACGAGCUGGGACUGAGGAAAAAUUUGGAGUCCGAACGCAUCCAGGUAUCAGGUCUUCUUGUUCAAGACUACAGUCACGAGUACAGCCACUGGAACGCCGUCAAGUCUUUGGGACAAUGGCUGCAAGAGGAGAAGGUCCCUGCGCUGUUUGGAAUAGACACCAGAAUGCUGACCAAGAUAAUCCGAGACAAGGGAACAGCUUUGGGGAAGAUUGAGUUUGAUGGGCAGCCUGUUGAGAUUUUUGAUCCCAACCUGAAGAACCUGGUGGAAGAGGUCUCAAUCAAGGAAAUCAAAGUUUUUGGAAAAGGAAACCCAAUAAAAGUGGUUGCUGUUGAUUGCGGUAUUAAACAUAAUAUUAUUCGCCUACUUGUUAAGAGGGGUGCAGAGGUCCACCUGGUGCCGUGGGAUCAGGACUUGCAGAGUCUCGACUACGACGGCCUGUUCAUCUCCAAUGGACCAGGAGAUCCGUCUUUGGCCAAGACACUCAUCCACAAUGUCCGCAAGGUGCUGGAGAGUGAUCGACCCCAGCCCGUGUUUGGGAUCUGCAUGGGCAACCAGAUCACUGCUCUGGCUGCCGGAGCUCAGUCAUAUAAGCUGCCAAUGGGCAACAGAGGCCAGAACCAGCCGGUGCUGAAUGUGAUGACGGGCCAGGCCUUCAUCACGUCGCAGAACCACGGCUACGGCAUAGACAGCGAGUCCCUGCCCCCAGAGUGGAGCCCGCUUUUCAUCAACGCCAAUGACGGCACCAAUGAGGGCAUCAUGCACAACAGUAAGCCUGUUUUCACGGCCCAGUUCCACCCAGAGGCUAAAUGCGGUCCCACUGACACCGAGUUCCUCUUUGACGUCUUCAUGUCUCUCAUUCAAAAAGGAAAAGACGCCAAUAUAGUUUCAGCCAUGCCUAAGACGCCGCGCAUUCCUCCUAGAGCUCAGGUGUCGAAGGUGCUUGUGCUGGGCUCUGGUGGUCUGUCUAUUGGUCAGGCUGGAGAGUUUGACUACUCUGGAUCUCAGGCCAUCAAGGCUUUGAAGGAAGAAAACGUGAAGACUGUGCUCAUGAACCCAAACAUAGCCUCCGUUCAGACCAACGAGGUGGGCGCCAAGCAGGCUGACUCGGUCUACUUCCUGCCUGUCACGCCACAAUUUGUGACCGAAGUCAUCAAGACGGAGCGUCCUGACGGCAUCCUGCUCUCCAUGGGCGGACAGACUGCACUCAACUGCGGCGUUGAGUUGUUCCAGCGUGGCGUCCUGGAGCGGUACGGGGUGACUGUCCUCGGAACCCCAGUGGAGUCCAUCAUGGCCACAGAGGACCGACAGCUUUUUGCUGACAAACUGAUGGAGAUUAAUGAGAAGAUUGCGCCCAGUUUUGCCGUGGAGUCGGUAUCCGAUGCCUUGAAAGCUGCAGAGAAGAUUGGCUACCCGGUGAUGUUACGCUCGGCCUACGCCCUCGGAGGGCUCGGAUCUGGUCUGUGUGCCAACAGAGAGAAGCUGGAGGAAACGGCCAACAAGGCUUUGGCAAUGAGCAAGCAGAUCUUGGUGGAGAGGUCUUUGAUGGGCUGGAAGGAGGUGGAAUAUGAGGUGGUGAGAGACGUGGCCGAUAACUGCGUCACCGUCUGCAACAUGGAGAACUUUGACCCGCUGGGGAUUCACACAGGUGACUCCAUAGUAGUGGCACCCAGCCAGACGUUGUCCAACGAGGAGUAUCACAUGCUCCGGGAGACCGCCAUCAAAGUGGUUCGUCACCUUGGCAUUAUAGGCGAAUGCAACAUCCAGUAUGCCUUGCACCCGCAGUCCCUGGAGUACUGCAUCAUUGAGGUUAACGCCCGGCUCUCCAGAAGCUCCGCUCUGGCUUCCAAAGCCACCGGGUAUCCCCUGGCUUUUGUUGCAGCAAAACUGGCUCUGGGCAUCCCCUUACCGGACAUCAAGAACGCUGUAUCGGAGAAGACCACCGCCUGCUUUGAACCCAGUCUAGACUACAUCGUCACCAAGAUCCCCCGCUGGGACCUGGACCGCUUUCAGGGCAUGUCCCACGAAAUAGGCAGCGCCAUGAAGAGCGUCGGAGAGGUGAUGGCAGUUGGUCGGACCUUUGAGGAGAGCGUGCAGAAGGCCCUGAGGAUGUGUCAUCCAUCAGUGGAUGGCUUCGUACCUCGGCUGCCACUCAACAAAGCCUGGGCUGACACCCAGGACCUCCAACAGGAGCUGGCUGUGCCCUCCAUCACCCGCAUCUUUUCCCUCGCCAAGGCCCUUCACAGUGGAAUGAGUGUUGAUGAGAUCCACCAGCUGACCUACAUAGACAAAUGGUUCCUCUACAAACUUAAGAAGAUAACACAGCUCGAGCAGCGCCUGGCAACCCACGACAGUUACACAGUGUCCAAGGAGCUUCUGCUGAAGGCCAAGCAGGACGGCUUCUCCGACCGGCAGGUUGGCCAGAUUCUGGGCUCCAGUGAGGCCGAGGCCAGAGAGCUGAGGCUCACUCACGGCAUCAAACCCUGGGUCAAACAGAUUGACACCUUGGCGGCAGAGUAUCCAGCCAUGACCAACUACCUGUAUUGUACCUAUAACGGUCAGGAGAACGAUCUGGACUUUAAAGACCAGGGCAUUAUGGUUCUUGGUUGUGGACCCUAUCACAUUGGGAGCAGCGUGGAGUUCGACUGGUGUGCGGUGUCGUGCAUCAGAGCGUUGAGGCAGAUGGGUAAAAAGACCGUUGUGGUGAACCACAACCCAGAGACGGUCAGCACGGACUUCGACGAAUGUGACCGCCUUUACUUUGAGGAGUUAACUCUGGAGCGCAUCCUCGACAUCUCCCAACUGGAGGGUUGCUCUGGCAGCAUUGUGUCAGUCGGAGGGCAGAUCCCCAACAACCUCGCCGUGCCGCUGCACCUCAGCGGGGUGAAGAUCCUGGGGACGAGCCCGCUGCAGAUCGACCGGGCCGAGGAGCGCUCCGUCUUCUCCGCGAUACUCGAUGACCUCGGGGUGGCCCAGGCCCCCUGGAGGGCCCUCAGCUCACUGGAAGACGCCAUCACCUUCGCUGACCACGUGGGUUAUCCCUGCCUGCUGCGCCCCUCCUACGUUCUCAGUGGCUCCGCGAUGAAUGUUGCGUACGGCGAAGCGGAGAUGAAACGCUUCUUGGAGGAGGCCACUCAGGUGUCCCAGGAGCAUCCAGUGGUCAUCACCAAGUUCAUCUGCGGUUCCAGGGAGGUCGAGGUGGAUGCAGUAGCUAAAAGGGGAAAGGUUCUGGUCCAUGCUAUCACAGAGCAUGUGGAGGAUGCUGGGGUACACUCGGGAGAUGCCACUCUUAUGUUGCCCACCCAGUCCAUCAGCCAGGGGGCACUUGAGAAGGUCAAGAUUGCCACACAGAAAAUUGCGCAGGCGUUUGAGAUUUCGGGGCCCUUUAACACUCAAUUUCUGGUUAAAGGCAAUGAUGUCAUGGUGAUAGAGUGCAAUCUGCGUGCAUCGCGCUCCUUCCCCUUUGCAUCAAAAACAAUCGGCGUGGACUUUAUCAAUGUGGCAACCAAAGUGAUGGUGGGAGAGGCUUUGGAUGAGGCCAGCCUGCCCUCUCUGGAGAGACCCAUCAUACCCGUAGACUACGUUGGCAUCAAGGCACCCAUGUUCUCCUGGCCCCGGCUGCGAGAUGCAGACCCUGUGCUUCGUUGUGAGAUGGCCUCCACUGGAGAAGUAGCUUGUUUUGGACCAAACAUUUAUUCUGCCUUCCUGAAGGCUAUGCUCUCCACAGGCUUUAAGCUACCGGAGAAAGGCAUCUUGAUUGGGAUUCAGCAUUCUUUCCGACCCAAUUUCCUGGCUACAGCCCACCAGCUGAAAGAGGAAGGAUUCAAGCUCUUUGCUACCGAAGCCACUUCCGCCUGGCUGUGCGCCAAUGACGUGCCUGCUUCUCCCGUUGCUUGGCCCUCUGAUAAAGGAGAUGAAACCAGUCUGCCCAGUAUUAAGAGGCUAGUCAGCGAGGGACAUAUUGACCUGGUGGUCAACCUGCCCAAUAACAACACGCGGCAUGUGAACGAUAACUUCCUCAUCCGCAGGAUGGCCGUGGACCACAGUGUUCCCCUCAUUACCAACUUUCAGGUAGUGAAGCUGUUUGCAGAAGCAAUCCAGCAUGCGGGUAAACUCGACGCUACCAGCCUCUUCCACUACCGUCAGAAAGAGAGACAACUGAAAGCCCCUAACAAGCAGGGUUAAAGCUUCCUUCCAUCCGCCUUUUUGUUUCCUUUGCAAAACUGCUGAAUUAAUCCGGAGCAAAUGUGUUUGACAUACGGUUUUACUAUCGCAUGCGGUCAAGAAGGAGUAGUGAAGCAAAUAAAAGCAUUCAGUAUAUUUUCAGUUUAGCGUAACCAUUUUGGCCGCCAUGCGCUUUUAUUCAGCAUUCAAUUGUACUUUGCUUAAAUUUGUGUGGCUUCUGGAUGUAAGAAGCCAAGAUGGUGAUUGCCAAAGAACAAGAUGGGGGUGGGAUUUAUUUAUGUUAACAAACUAGGAUUCUUAAAUUUGGUAUAGCAGGGCAUACAAGUUAUAAUGUGGGGUUAGAACCCCACAAAAAGGACAGUCACAGAAUUUCAGGGUAAAUAAGCAAAGCUAUUAAACAACUAAAUCAAUUCAUAUAUGUUUUCAAUGAUGGGACUCAACGACACAAAAACUUUUCUAUCAACAAGAAAAUAUUCAUCACAUAUGAAUAGCAGCACACAAGCAAAAUAUGAUAUGGUAUUAUAACCGUCACCAUGUAUAUACAAUAGGCUAUGUAGCCAGACCCAGACAUAAAUUAUUCAUCGAGCUAGUAGACAUCUGUCACACUCCGAUAAAAUAUUUACAGAUCUGAACUCGUGAACCGUUUGUUAAUCGAUGGAAAAAUUAUUUUGAGUAUUUUAAAUACAAAAUUACUCACUAUUUUAUCGGCCCAAUCAAAUAAAAAUAUACGUAACAAAUUAAAAUACAUAUUUCAAAUACAAGUAAUAGAAAUACUCGCACUACUCUGUUCCUCCUGGGCUCAUUUUAAUACCAAUGCUUUAAGUGGAGUCCUUUUUUGUUCAUUUUGUCUUCAAAUAUUUAGUGUUUUUUAUUUUUUAUCUUAAAAUGAUAAUAGUCUAAGUAGCUCUAAUGCAGGUUGUUUUGUAGUUGUUUAUGUUCAUGUUUGUAUUGGAUUGCAAUCUAUGAAACACAAUGAAGUCUUAUCAAACAUAA